AUGCUGGAUCGGAACGAUCAACAUUACUACGAGUAUGUGAGCAUAGAGAAUCAGAUUCCACAAUAUGAUGGGAUCCUGCUGAAUACAUGGGAAGAUUUGGACUCCACAACUCUGAAAGCUUUCGAGGAAAAUGAAAUCUGGAGGUCGAUGGUGAAGAUCCCAGUUUUGGCUCAGCAAAUUACAGAGCUGUGGAGGUGGGAUGCUUUCGGCUCAAUAAUAUUUGUUUCAUUUGGAAGUGGUGGGAUGCUUUCAGCUCAGCAAAUUACAAAGCUAGUUAUUGGUUUAGAAUUGAGUGAACAGAGAUUUAUUUGGGUGGUGCGCCCACCCAUGAAAGGUGCAGCUGACGAAUCAUUUUUCACCAUAAAAAUCGCUGAUUCAGAUGAUACUUUGCACUACUUGCUUGAAGGGUUUUUGACCAGGAGUGGGGUGAGGUGGGGUGCGAUGGGGUGGGGAGGUUGA